AUGCCGGAGGCGUCUCCGCGCGAUGGCGCCGGGGGAUGGUGGACGCCGUGGAGAGCGGUGACGAGCAUCGCGUCGUUGGCGCUCGUCGGCGCGUGCGCGCUCGGCGUCGUGGGCGCGGGCGCGGGCGGGGGGUCGGUCGUCUCGCUCGCGGGGUUGGGAAAGCGCCGGGAGGUCGACGAGGGAUCGACGAAGAACUGCGCCAACGCGGACGGGGACAUGGCUGUGGGAACGUAUCAGAUUGAGACGGCGAAAUGCGCGGACGCUGCCACCGCGGGGUGUCUCGGGAAGAAGACGAUGUGUCGCUUCUGCCAGACGCACAUGGCGACGAACCGUAACCACGACUGGCCGCUCUGUCCGCAAAAGGUUUGCGACGAGCACGACGCAUUUGGAUGCAAGAUGGAUGGGAAGAAGAUGUCUAAGCGAGAGGUCGCGUGGUCGAUACUUCGUCGGCACGUCAUCGAGCACAACAAAAUGAUCGAUGGGAUCUCUCUCGGGAAGUGCGUAGGAAACGCGCAGGAUCAAAAGCUUGGGCGCUACCAAUACAAGGAUGAGCAGUGCAAGGGACCGCUGCCCGGUUGCCUGGGCGGGCCGAAUAAAUGCAGAUUCUGUAACGUUAAGAAUGCGAAGAAGGCCGAAAAGGGCUGGCCGACGUGUCCGAUGUUGGUGUGCGACAAGUACAAGGUGAAGAGCAAGCACUGUGAAGAGCAAAAGAAAUUUGGUGUACCGCCAGAGACGCCUCCAAAAGAUUGGGAUGGCGGCGCCUUGACGUCCAAGCUUGAUCUUGAUGACGACGACGACGACGACGACGACGACGAUGACGAUGGCGAUGACGCUAAGGACAAGGUGAAGAGCAAGAAACACCAUCAUGCUGGAACUGACGACGACAAACAUUCGUCUGUUGAGACACAUAAGAAGCGCACGAAGGACGAUGAGGACGACGACGAUGAUGAUGAGAUCAAUAGGGCCGCUGAAGACGACAAAGACGAUGACGAUGACGACGACGACGAUGACGACGACAACAACGACGAAGACGACAACGACGAAGACGAAGACGAAGACGAAGACGAAGAAACAGCGGGGAAGAGCGCAAAGAAGGCAACAGAACAGAAGUCUAGUUCAUCUUUGCAAGCGGGAAAAAGUGAGGAUGAAGACGAUGAUUAUUACUCCAAGGAUGAAGUCCCAGUUGAAAAUGAGGAUGACGAUGAGAAUGAAGAUGAGGUCGAGUACAAACAUCGCCACUCAGACGUUAAGCUUGGUAAGGCUGAAAGAGAUCCAAGUCCAAUAAACCUCGCCGAGGAUCUCGACGCGUUGGCAUUUGAAACAUUUGAUGCUGUUUAA